AUGAUCGGAGGCUCAGAAAAUGACGCUUUGAGCAUCGAUACGGAGGGCAUCAGAACCUGGCGUGCAAUUGUUACCCUUGUUGUGUUUGUCUUGACGAGUGGCACCGCCUUUCUGGCGUACAUGACCCGCGUGUCCAAGGAUCUGUCCUCUCCUCGCGCUUGGAUCUUCUCCCAGUUCGCCGCUGCCAACAUUGGGUCUGCCAUUCUCGUUUCGAGUAACCCUACCAACCUCGUCCUUGCUGGCGCUUUCGGCAUCAAAUUUAUUCACUACACGGCUAACAUGGCUGUGCCGACCGUCACCACGGCCAUUGUCCUCUAUCCCAUCCUGCUGUACUUGGUUUUCACGGAGCCCGGAUUGAUCCCUAGGCGCAUGGCCAUGUACCAGCUGCCAAGUCACUUGAGCAACGUGCCGCCUGCAAAUCCCAACAUCCCAGCCGCCAAGGAUCUAACCGUCACCGAGCUGAGCCACUGCACGCCGAGGGAGGCUGGACAGAUAGCGAGCGCCCAGGAAGGCGAGUCCUCGAGGGACUUGCUGGCCCUCGAGGAAGUCUUGAACCCAUUUCUAGACACCAAGUCGGCAAUCGUUGGAUCGGUCAUCAUGGCCACUACUUUAAUCACGUUGCUGGCACUGAACGCGGCGAGUACAGGCACCGGGGAACAUCCCGUAUUCUGGGUCACACUCCCAGCCGCUUUUCUCAUGUUUUGCUGGGAUGUCGGCUGUGGCUGGGAGAGCCGGCAUACGACCAGAGAGAUUGCCAAAUUCGGCGACAAGAAGCGCCUCCAAGCAUUGGCUGUACAACAGACGAAGCCCGCGCUAACCAUCACAACGCCUUCCGAGCCCGUAGGACGACAGGCACCGAUGAACCCUUCCGACGAGAAGGAGAGCCAGCCCGCGGUCGCUGAUGGGCAGCUUGUGACAAACCCAGAAAGUAUCAUUUCGACAAUCCACGAAGCAACCCAGUGCCCCGCCAGAGCGAAAGAACAGGGAGCAUGCGAUCCUGAAAUAGAAACUCCAGGCAAUGCGCCGCAUUUCAGUCAUGCCGAGCCGUCUCCCGCGUCGCGUGAUACUUUCGGAAGUGAAGAUUUCAAGACUGACAACAUGGACACAGAGUGCCAUAAGCGACCUCAAACACUCGUCGGUUCUUGCAGAGAGUUAGUCGAUUGGCUUCGAGCCACAUUUCCUGCCACCAUGGCCGUCUUCUCGCAUCUUCCCUUGGCGCUCAUCCCUUUCGCUUUUGCCAUGUUUGUGCUCGUGCAAGCGCUGGUGUCGAAGCACUGGGUGGCCACGUUUGCGUACGGGUGGAAACACUGGGUCGACAAGACGGGCGUUGUAGGAGGUAUCGGCGGCAUGGGAUUUCUAUCUGUCGUUCUGUGUAAUUUUGCUGGCACCAACAUCGGCACCACGAUUCUCUUGUCGCGCGUCAUCCAGACAUGGGAGGAGAUACAUCGCGUCAGCGGCUCGCAGAUCGACAGCCGCACCUUUUGGGCCACGGUGUACAGCAUGGCCAUUGGCGUCAACUAUGGUGCCUUUAGCGCAGCGUUCAGCGCAUCGCUGGCCGGGCUGCUGUGGCGCGAUAUUCUUGCGAGGAAGGAGAUUGAGGUCACCAGCCUCGACUUUGCGCGGUUCAAUCUGCCGAUCAUCAGCGUGUCCAUGAUUUUGUGGUCAGGCGAAUGGACAGCGCCUGAUUCGACAAGGAGGUCCCGAUUUGCCGAUUCAUGGAGAAAGGGACGGAGCUCGCGUUUCGCGUUUCGCACCGCGGGGCACAUGAGGUGGCCCUCCAGCGGUGUCAACCCCCUGGAUAUACGCUUAGCCGGCAUGCCCCUCCCGAGUCCCAGGACGAUCGAAGCCGCGCCCAGCUUCCCCCGCGGAUUGCCGAGCUACGUUGCCGCUACCGUGACGGGCUGCUGCGACGAUGAGAAUAGGCCUCGUAUGAUUCGUGGCCACGGUGGAGCGCCUCGAACUGUGGCUGCCACGAGUUCGGCAGCGGGGGGGGGGGAACCUUGGGGACGUUGCGAAAGCCUGUUCGGCAUCGCGCCCGGCGAAGCUUUGAGCCACCGAAUGCGAUAA